ACACAAUUGUUCGAAAAGAGUUGACACAACUUGAAGGAUGGAGGUCACCAAGUUUGUUGUCUCUGGCAGAGACAAGGCAAAGCUAUAUGGCGACUAUAGCAGCUAUCGGACACAGCUGUCUAAUCGUAUUCACAACCUGCGACGAAAACUUGGCGUUGCGACAAAGAAGGCCCCCGCCAAAUAUACAAGCAAAACCCCAGUGACGGCAGAGGACAUUGGGCGCAAUCAUGAAUUCGUCAAUCUAGUACUCCUUACCUCCGAACGCGCCUGGGCACAUGCUAUGUCGAUGAGAGAGGUACAUUCUGCAGACAAGCAAGGUAUUACUGGCUCAACUCGAUCGCACAUUAUCUCAAGGCUACACAAAGCCACUGUGUAUGCCAGGAACCUCUUCGAACUUCUCACCGACCUCAGUCAGACUGGUGCCAACAGCGAAGAUGUAUUGGAAGCACGUGCGUAUGCAGCUUCACUCGCUGGAGCCAAGGAGUUCGAGAAGCAGAACUGGGAGGAGUGUGUGAAGAGUUACUCCGAAGCUCGGAUCAUAUACAGUGCACUGGCUACAUCUACAAAGAGCGAUAUGUUCAAGGAUCUGCUGUCAGACCCAGUCGAUCCAAGUAUACGUUAUGGAGCAUACCAGAUGAGAUUGCCCAGAACCGUUGCUAUUCCUACCAUAGCGAGGAAAUACUUUCCCAGGUCGGAUAGCAAGCUAGUCUCUGAUGUCGAGAAAUUAGACCCCGAUGUACUUAAUGAGCACCCGACAAGAGCCAGAGCCGAAGCUGCAGAAUCUGGAGAUGUCCCGAAAACGAUUACUUGGAGAUCACGUACAGUGGAUAUUGAGGAUGCAGCAAUUGCAUCUACGUUAGCGUCAGUUAACGCAGCUGCAAAGAAGUUGUCCGAAACAUUGGCAUCUGUCACAGCAGUUCAGGCCAAAGAACGAGCAUCUGCAUACGAUGAUAUUCUUAUUGCAAGCCAGGAUGCCGUAGACGCUACGAAGCACGCAAUCGAUGAGUUGGUGGGAGAAAGUGUGGGCCAAGGUGACAAGCGAAUGCAAAGUCUACAAAUUACCAGGACAGCAGUCAGUUAUGAAAUGGUCAGCUGGCGAAUAGGACGAAACAGAGUUCUAGUUGGCGAGCGGGACGGAACCGCACUCGACACUCCUACUGUUCACCAGAGCAAGAAGAAGAACCAGAAGCCAGUAAAGGAAGAAGGGACGGGCCGAAAGCUUGCUCAUUUCCGCGAGAAGGCAGUAUUGUAUGACGCAAUUCUACAAAGUUUAGACUCGAUCAAGGAGCUUCCUGGCGUUGCUGCUGAUUCAGAAUUUCUCGAAGAGCUAGAAUCAAAGCACCAUUACUUCUCUGCACUGAAAUGUCUCACAAUCGCUCGUUCUCAUGCAUUAUUGUCCAACCCCAAGAAUGCCCUCGCCCUUCUCGCCCGAGCAUCAGAAAAGAGCACUCUAGCUCAUCAGCAUCUCUCUUCAUCCAUGGACACCUCCGACUCUUCCUCGCCACCAAAUAUCACCAUAUCCCCUUCAGAAGCCACAUUCCUCAAGUCCCUCCUUGACGCCGAACUCCAACGCCAUAGAGCCCUCGUCGAACUCUCCAAUUUCAACAACUCACCCCAGCAGAAUAACUCGAGCCUCAAAAACGGACAGCCCUUAAUCGAGAAACUGAACGAGUAUCCAUCCCAAGAAGUCGAUCUCGAAAACUUGGUUACGUAUCCACCGAAGUUGGAGCCGAUUCCUGUUAAGCCGUUGUUCUUUGAUGCGGCGUGGAACUACAUCGAGUACCCUGGCCGAGAAGUGCAGGAGAAGGCUGGAAAUGGAGUUAAGGGCGUGUCUGGUGGUGGUGAGAAAGCAGCUGAGCAGCAAACUGCACAACAGCAGAAGAAGGGCUGGUUUGGCUUUGGUAGAUCAUGAGUAGAAAAAGAACAUCUUGC